AUGGAGUUGGGAAAUAGCACAAGGAUAAAAGAAUUUAUAUUUCUGGGGCUUACUCAGUCCCAUGACCUGAGCUUGAUCUUAUUUCUUUCUUUGUGUUUGGUGUACGUGAUAACUCUUCUGGGAAACCUCCUCAUCAUGGUCACUGUGACCUGUGAGUCCCGCCUUCACACCCCCAUGUACUUCCUGCUCCGCAACCUAGCCGUCCUUGACAUCUGCUUCUCCUCCAUCACUGCUCCCAAGGUUCUCAUAGACCUUCUGUCAAAGAUAAAGACCAUCUCCUAUACAAGCUGCAUGACACAGAUGUUCUUCUUCCACCUUCUCGGUGGGGCAGACAUUUUUUCUCUCUCUGUGAUGGCCUUUGACCGCUACAUGGCCAUCUCCAAGCCCUUGCACUAUGUGACCAUCAUGAGUAGAGGGCGAUGCACUGCCCUCAUUGUGGCCUCCUGGGUGGGGGGCUUUGUCCACUCCAUUGUGCAGAUUUCCCUGUUGCUGCCCCUCCCCUUCUGUGGCCCCAAUGUUCUUGACACUUUCUACUGUGAUGUCCCCCAGGUCCUCAAACUUGCCUGCACUGACACCUUUGCACUUGAGCUCCUGAUGAUUUCCAACAAUGGCUUAGUCACUACUUUGUGGUUUAUUUUCCUCCUGGUGUCCUACACAGUCAUCUUGACAAUCCUGAGGUCUCAGGCAGGGGAGGGCAGGAGGAAAGCCAUCUCCACCUGCACCUCCCACAUCACUGUGGUGACCCUGCAUUUUGUGCCCUGUAUCUAUGUCUAUGCCCGGCCCUUCACUGCCCUCCCCACAGAUAAAGCCAUCUCUGUCACCUUCACAGUCAUCUCCCCACUGCUGAACCCCAUGAUCUACACCCUGAGGAACCAGGAGAUGAAAUCAGCCAUGAGGAGAUUAAGCAGAAGACUCACACCCUUUGUGAUGGAAUAG